AUCCGUUGGCGCAGCUAUGAAAGGGGAAAAGUUGUUUGAUAUUAGGAAGGCCUUUGAGGAAGCUCAAAAACAUCACCAAAAUCAGGCCAAAUUGGUGGCAUCUUUAAAGCAUACCUAUAAUGAGUUACAAGACAAGGACUAUUUUCAUGAAAAGUUUGUUCAUUACCUGAAGUAUGCCAUGGUAAUCUACAAACGAGAACCUGCAGUGGAACAAGUGAUAAAUUUUGUGGCCAAGUUUCUGGCUUCGUUGUAUAAUUCGGAGAAAGAGGAUGCUGAAGAGGAAGAAAUGGAAAAUCCCUUUCUAAAUUACCUGUUCACCUUUCUCCUUGAGUCCCACCCCGCUAACAGCAAUGCAGUUAGAUUUCGUGUGUGCCAACUUAUUAAUAAACUUUUGGGAAGUCUGCCAGAGAACGCCCAGAUCGAAGAUGAAUUGUUUGAUCAGAUUAAUACUGCUAUGCAGCUCAGAGCAAGAGACAAAGUACCAAAUGUGAGAAUCCAAGCUGUGUUGGCUUUGUCUAGGCUUCAGGAUCCCAAGGACGACCAGUGUCCAGUUGUUAAUGUUUACAACAGUUUAAUUGAGACUGACUCCAACUCAGAAGUAAGGCGUGCUGUGUUGUUCUGCAUUAGUCCAUCAGUUAAAACUCUACCCAAAAUUAUUGGUCGUACCAUGGAUGUAAAAGAGACAGUCAGGAAAUUAGCAUAUCAGGUACUGGCAGAAAAAGUUCAUGUCAAAGCUUUGACAAUAGCCCAGAGAGUAAAACUUUUGCAGCAAGGACUUAAUGAUAGAUCAGAAAGCGUGAAAGAAAUGGUACAGAAACAACUUCUCCAAGCUUGGUUACAUCUAGUUGAAGGAAAUGUCUUAGAAUUGCUCCAUCAUCUGGAUGUGGAGAGUUGCCCUGAAGUGGGUGUUCUAGCCCUUAAUGCUAUGUUCCUGCUGUCUCCCCACCAGGAUCUGAUUAAAAAAAAUUUUGAACUUGAUGACAGGAAAACCAUUCCAAUAGAAAAACUGACUGCAGAGAGUGCCUUAUAUUGGAAAGCUCUUUGUGAGCACUUGAAAUCCAAAGGAGAAGAAUUCUUAGAAGAAUUCUUGCCAGAGCCUGCUAUCUAUGCGGAUUAUCUGUUGAGCUACUUUCAAAGCAUUCCAGUACUCAAUCAGGAAGAAAAGGAAGAUCUGGCCUGCAUUGAGCAAUUGAUGACCAAGGAAUUUAUAGGUCAGCAGUUAAUUCUAAUAAUCGGUUGCAUGGAUAUCACCGAAGAAGGAGGCAGGAAGAAAAUGCUGAGUGUCCUACAAAAAAUUCUUUUGAUUCCAACCACGUCAGCAUCUCUUAUAUCCCAUCUUAUGGAAAAGUUGCUCUGCCUUUUGAAGGAUGAUGAGCGAAGAAUCCAGAUGGUUGCUGAAAUAAUUUCAGAGGCACGGGAAACCGUUAUGACAGUAGACAAGCAGCAAGAUGCAAGUGAGAUAAGAAAACAAGAGCUUAAGCUGGCAGAAAUAAAAGUGAAACUCAUGGAAGCAAAGGAUAUUCUGGAGAAGUGCAUAGCCAUGCAAGACUUCAGCCAUGCUUCUGUGUUAAAGGAGAAGAUUAUAGAGCUGGAAGGUAUAAAGAGUGGCUUGUUGAAAGAGGCGGAAGAAUCCGAAACUAAAGAGAUAUGCAUGGAAAAGAGUGAUCCAGAAACACUUCUGAAGUGUUUGAUGAUGUGCAACCAACUUCUGAAGCAGAUCUCACUUUCCAAAGGGUUAGGACCUACACUGGAUGGAAUAAUUGAAACCCUGAUAAUCCCAGGAAUUACUAAUAUCCAUCCUGCUGUGCGAAACAUGGCGGUGCUGUGCUUGGGCUGCUGUGGCCUGCAGAGCAAAGAGUUUGCAAGUCAGCACCUCACUUUGCUGUUGCAAGUAUUGCAAAUUGAUGAAAUGAAGGUAAAAUUGAGUGCUUUAAAGGCACUGUUUGACCAGGUAAUGAUAUUUGGAAUAGAACCAUUCAAAGACAGAAAAGUUCAAACUGGAAAUGAAGAAAAUGAGAGUGAGAAAACUAAGGAAACAGAAGAAGAAACAGCUACCACUCACAACCUUCUUCAGCUUCUUUCUGGGUUUCUAGAUAGUGAGUUUUCAGAACUUAGAACUGAGGCUGCUGAGGGACUGGUGAAGCUCAUAUUUUCUGGCCGGCUAAUCAGUGCUAAGCUUCUUUCUCGACUGGUUUUGUUGUGGUAUAAUCCAAUGACAGAAGAGGAUACACGUCUCCGACAUGCCUUGGGAGUUUUUUUCCCUUUAUUUGCAUAUUCAAAUAGAACCAAUCAGGAAUGCUUUGAAGAAACUUUUCUUCCAACGUUGCAAAUAUUAUUUAAUGCUCCAGCUUCAUCACCAUUGUCAGAGGUUGAUGUAGCUAACGUUGCUGAACUUCUGGUGGAUCUAACAAGGCCUAGUGGAUUGAAUCAACACUUUCAGAACUGUCAGGGUUUGACAGUUCAUGAUAAUUUAGCGCUGAAAAUAUGCAAUGAAAUUUUGACGGAUCCAAGUGCGCCAGAUGUCCGGAUAUAUGCAAAAGCUCUCUGUUCCUUAGAAUUCAGUAAGGAUUUCACAAAAGACCUCAUGGAUUUAUUUGAGGAUAUUCUUGUGACAGUAAAAGAUAAAAUGUCUUUAAAAAUGGUUGAAAAGGUGAAGAACAACUUAAACAAAGGAAACCCUGUUGAUGGACAUGUUUCAAAAGAAAAGGACACUGCAGAAGUAACUGAAAACAAUUUGGACUGCAAUAAAUCAUGUUAUGUCCAUGAUCAAAAUAAGGAAGGUGAUAAAGUAAUCACUCCUACUGAAGACACAGAGAACACACCUCUAAAGCCAAGAUCUACAAGAAACAGAACAACAAAAGGUCUGAGGAAAAUAGAAAUGCAGACUGAGCACCAAAGUGGGUGCUCUAGAACUAAAGGAUCUGAAAGUGACAGAAAAAUUCAGCAACCUGUUUCCAUAACAUAUUCGAAAUCAUCCCGCCGAAUCAAAACAACAGCUCUUGCAAAAACGAAAAUGGAUCUCUCCAAGCUUCUAGACAAAGAAUAGGUUAACCAAAUCUGAUGGUAACUAAAAUUUGCUUUAUGUGCUGCAUAAUAAAGAUAAAACCUUUUUAAUGUGGAAAAAAAAA